AUGAUGACCCCAGCACGCAUUCCAGACGGUGAUCAGAGCCACAAUGUACCCCAUUUACAGCUUCCGAAGGAAAACUACCGCAUCGUUAAAGGCAAUGAUCCUCUACUGAGUAGUCACUCUCCUCGUCAGCGUCGGAUAAUUGCUACGCAACCAGUCCGCCCGCUCGCUGGAGGAAAGCCAGCCGACUCGCUGCUAUCUCCACGACAGAAAACACCCGCCAACCCAAUGAAAACUACGCUAGCAGUCUCUCGACCAACAAUAACGACCGUAACGUCUCCGGUGCAAUGCAAGAGUGCGAGAACAAACGUUACUCGACUGGUUCCAGAUGGCAGUGCCUCUAGCCCGCGCCCAGCAACUUCCCCCGUCAUACGUGACGAUGCUGCGUCGUCACCAGUAAAGGAUGCUGAGCCGCAGUUCCUCUUCCCGAUUAACCCCCGUGCACGAGAACAUAUUGAGAUCAAGGCAUGCCUUUUGGCCCAUACACAUCACUUGGACGUGGAGGAGCUGCAUCGAAUCCGGGGCAACAACCAAUUGGCGUUGAACCGAUAUAAAAUGCAACGUAUCAUCUCAGGCGGCGGGGCUUUUAGCGUGGAUGGCAACAGGCACGAAGAAGCCAAACGAAAGACAAAUUUUCUCCUACGACACUUUUUCGCGCUAGAGGACGCUUCUCCGUCACCACAGGAUCAGCUCCUACACGACGUGGUUAAUGACUGGGCGGUUGGAGAUCACGCAACUUCCGACGAGAUCUCUCGGCUCUGGAAAUCCAUCAAUGAUCAUAUUGAGCAGUCAUAUCUACUGCGUCGCAAGCUCGUAGCGAAUUCUGAUUCAGACGAAAUAUCGGUGGUAAUCGCUAUGGAUUGUUUGAAGAAACUACCCGAUCGACUGCCCGAAUAUCGACGCGUGCUAGACGUUAUCAUUGCUGUGAUCGAGUCCGGUCUUUAUUUGAAAAAUCCCGCUGAUUCUGCAUUGUCCGCACUGGAUCCGGCUCAGGAUGAGUACGAACUUCCUCAUGAAAGACGGCUCCUCUACUUUGAAGCUUUUAGAGCUUUGCAAACGAUGGCAAAUUCCGAACAAACACGUCAACAGCCAAGCACAGGCCGCAUAUCCCUGAACUAUCGGCAAGACAAGCACAACGACAUCCCAUUGCGACAGCGUAUUGCGGCUCUUUUCAAUCAGCUGGAAAACGAUGAAGACAAGAAAGAACUCUUUGGCGUAUUGCUUCGUGCUAACUUGAUGAUGUUGGCAAGAUUGGCAUGCGAAGAGGUGCUCAAACACUACCUUGGCACAGAAAAAUCGGAGAAUGUGAGCGAGUUCAUUUCUCUACUGAUGCAAAAGAUCAGUCCAGCAGACACUAUACGUUUGUUGAUUGAGAUUUCACUGUCACGCUCGGCCGAGCUACAGAAAUUUGCUCAUGAUAACAUUGACAGUUUACUUGACGGUGCACCAGCUGCAGCCGAGAACAAGAAUCCCGCUCUGUUCCAGAGACUUGUCGAUCGCCAUCCUCAAGAAUUCGCUGCCAUCUUAUGGCAAUCACCGUAUCUGACAGCCCAUAUAUUCCAGGGUUCUGAAAAUCUGGUAGUGCGCGUUCUAGAGCAGAAUGUGUAUCGCAUUUCGCAAGUUCUCACCCAGCGCGGUGAUGUCCUCCUACCACUACUGAGCCACAUUUUCAAGGAUAGCACCAUGGUCCUCGAGGAUUUUUUGGUCAACCAUCCUCGCGGACUCGCCGACCUUUUGAUGAAUCGCUCGUCCGCUAUUGCAGCCGUUGUGAAGGCCAAACCAUACAUUCUUUCAGAUUUACUUCAAGCAUGCCACUCGACGUUGACAAAAGUCCUCGCUGCAUCACCAGAGAUCGUCAGCUCGGUGAUCAAAUCCAAUCCGCAAGCUUUGCCUCAAGUUGUCCGGGAGGACUCCAAUACUCUGGCUGCCGUGUUUGCAACUGUACCGCAGUGCCUCGGAGACACACUGGAGAAGCAUCCUGAAUUCUUCGUCGACCUUGCUCAUCGCAAACCUGCGCUGGUAUCCCGAUUAUUCGCUGAACACCCGGAUCUGCUGCUUGAACCUCUCGAGACAAAUCCAGCGCUUUUCACGACUUUCCUCGUGUAUCAUCGCAGUGUUUUGCCAGAUUUCAAUGAUCCAGACUUCGACCCUACUGUCUUCAAGUUAAAAACGAUAAAAAAGGUCGAUGCCUGUGUACAAACUAGCAAAACUCUUAAUCAAGGGCGACGUAAGCUCCGAUCUCGCGAGAAAUUACGUAGAGAUUGUGAGGAGCUUCUGGAGUCACUCAAAGCGGCGACAGCGGUUACCAUCACUGCGACUUGUACACAAAUCACAGAAGCAAAGUCCGAAGAAGAGCUUCUCAACGAAGAAUCAUCAUCGACUGUUGAAAUCCUGAACGAAAUUGCUCGGCUGUAUGUAGCCAAGAUAGCAGCCGACGAACACGAUGAUGCGAUUAAGCGCAAGCGACAAUCUUUAGCAGAUUUUGUGAUGGAGCUAUACACUCUUGAGCUGGGGUUCAAGCCGCUGGCGAAGAAGAAACUCGUCAAUUUAUUGGUUACUGCCAAGCAGAUCGGGAACGUACCAGAAGCGAUGCGCAUCAAGUGGUUCCGGAGAUUUUUGAACGCCAUACCAGGCGAUCGACCGCUGCCUCAAACCGCGUUGGAUUUCUUCCUUCUAGUUCUGCAGCAUCUCAUUCCAGGAGGACACGUUUCGUUGCACUUGGAAGCUGCAUCCUUUAAUUCGUGCACUGUGUCCCAGUCUACACUGAAGACACUGGUUGAUGAUCCUCUCGUCAGUCGACUGUUUGAUAACAAAGAACAGUGUGAUCGAAUGCUUGCUUUCCAGACUAUAUUAAUACCUUCACGUCAGAAUAUUAUGGGCUCAGUGACACGGUCCUCAGUCACGAUGUUGUCGAUGCUUCCGCUUGACGACGUGCUGGAUUCGAUCAUGAAAGUCUGGAUGCAGUACCAACUAAGAGUACGAGACGAGUGGGCGGUGCUUUUCAAAGAGAUCGUCCCAGCCGCUGGAAUUGUGCAUUUUGAUGCGUUCUCGACCAUGGUGCUAUCCAAACUUCCUGAACUUAAUAACCGAGCGCUUAUGAAGAUCUUCAAUUCCUGCGGCGAAGAAAACGAGCACGGAGAGUUUACGUUGUUCUCAGAGGACUUCACGUUCACGAUGUCCGUCUUGCAAGAGCAGCACGUCUUGCGCCAGUACACGUCGUCUUCGUCGUCUACCGCUUCGUCGGCACAACUGCUUUCCGCCUUUACAACACCGCUAGUAUCCAACAGUAACUAG